CACAACGCUGACGACGCCUUCGUUCUGCUUUGCUGUAGGCUGGCUAUUUCGAUUUACCUGCUAUCCGACAGCCCAGACGGUUAUAUCGUCCUUGGUAAUCCCAUCGGAUAUCCCAGAUCUUCGAGGAUGGCAAGCUCACUCCUGUCAAGCAUCUGGGCUGCCGCUAUUUUCCUGGGCUUGCAAGCGGCCGGCGCCUCAUGGCCCUACAAUACCUAUGUUACUGAGCCCUUCCAACCACCUCAACUGGGCGUGAACGUUUCAGGCACACCGGCACCCGGGUAUAUUUUCGUUGGCCCUCGUGGCGAACAGCCAAAUGGAACGGCUGCCCUGAUCUAUGACCAGGAUGGAAGUCUGGUAUACCAGAGUCCAGGUGCAGUGACCUCGAAUGUGAAUGUGCAGACCUUAUUCGGGAAACCGGUCUUGACUUACUGGGAUGGAGACAUGUUGACCAUUGGUUUCGGGUAUGGCCUCGUACAUGUUCUGGAUGACACGUACAAUGAGAUCUACACCGUCACCUUGCCCGGCGAUAUUAUUCCGGUUGAUGGCUCUCCACGCGCCUCCUACAUCGAUCUUCACGAGAGUCAACUUACCCCCCGUAAUACCAUGCUGGUCACUGCAUACAAUGUGACACAGGCUGAUCUAACGUCAGUCGGUGGCGCAGAGGAUGGAUGGAUCACGGAUUCCACUUUCUGGGAAAUCGAUGUUGCCACGAACCAGGUGGUCUUUUCCUGGAGCGCGCUGGCUCAUAUUGAUGAGAUCCCUCUGAACUACUCGCACCAGCCUCUUCCAGUGGGUAAUGACAGGAACAAUCCGUGGGAUGCAUAUCAUAUCAACUCGGUCGUCGCUGUCGAUGACGGAUACCUUAUAUCCAUCCGCCACAUGUUUUCUGCCUUUUACUUGAACUCUGACGGAUCUGUUAAGUGGAGAUUGAGUGGUAAUGGAGGUGGAGACUUCCAGGCCGGUCCCAACUGCAACUUCUCAUGGCAGCAUCAUAUCCGUGCAUUCGAGGAAACACCAACCAGCAUCACCUUAUCCAUCUUCAACAACAACAACAAUGGCCCGAGCCAACGGGUCCCCACUACUGGCCUCGUCCUCGAUCUGGAUCUGUUGUUUAUGACUGCCAGCAACCGCCGUACCCUGGCAGAUGCCAGUUACCCCAUGUACUCCUGGAGCCAGGGCAGCAACCAGUUGGUCAGUGGCGACCCCGAUGGUAAUGCCCUCUUGGACUACGGAUCAACCACCGUUAUUCACGAAUUCGACUCCUCCGGCAAUACGGUCCUAUCCGCCCAAUUCGGCGAAAUCAACCAGCCCGCUUCCUACCGUGGCUAUAAGUACCAAUGGUCAGCAACCCCGUUCUGGGACCCAGCUGUUGUCGUCCGGUCCAAUAGCGCCGGAAACGUAUCAGUAUAUAUGAGCUGGAACGGCGCGACUGACUAUGAUACGUGGUCCAUCUAUGGUGGCUCUUCGGUAGCCGCCGCUAAUUCAACCCUAUUGAAGACAGUGGCUCGAACAGGCUUUGAGACCCGAGCGGAUCUGGUCAUAGGCAAUCUCACUUAUAUUCAGGUUGCUGCUGAAAAGGGAGCCGGCACACGGAGAUAUUCGAUGCCGGUUGCCGUGCCUUCGUAGACACUAUUGUUUGGAUAAUUCACUUGUUACAUAUUAUUUCCGUUGAACCCUUCGCUUUCUGCUUGUGCUUUUCUUUUUGUGGUUAUCUCCGGUCUGUGUUGUGUUUUUCUGUCGUUCAGGGAUAGUACAUACUCGAAUUUGUUUCCUCUGCGCUAUAUAUAUCCCGCCUCUUCCCUCACGCCCCUCCACCUAUGUUUUCAUUUCCUCACCCUCCCUUUUCUAUCCUUUCAAUGGGGAGAUACAACAUGUAGACAGAGCCAUCUGUACUAUAUUCGGUAUAUAUUUCGCUUACUUGUUAUUAUCAUUAUCGCAAACCACGCACAAAGCAAUGGAAAAUCUACCGGGCAUUUUGCGAAAUAUGGCGCUCUACGCGCAACAGGACCACAUACUAUGGGAGUAUAACCCAUGGAAAA